GUGACAGAUACUGUCAAAUUAACAAAAUGUCAUGUCAUUGACAGACACGUGAUGUUUAUUGAAUUGCUGUGAUUGAUUCGCUAUCAAAAAAUAAUAAUAUCUUUUUUGUGUUAAGAAUAACAUUCAAAGAUAAGUCACUCGUAUUUCUUCAAUUAAAAAUAGAAAUGCCCACUUUGGACUUGAUUCAAACAUUGAACGGCCAUAAAGGCAUUGUCUGGAAUGUGUCCUGGCAUCCUCAAGGGAAAAUAUUUGCAUCCUGUGGUGAGGAUAAAACCAUAAAACUCUGGAGCAAAGAAGGUCAGGAAUGGACAAUAAAGACUGUUCUUGUAGAUGGACAUCAGAGGACUAUUAGAGAAGUGGCUUGGUCUCCUUGUGGCAACUAUUUAGCUUCAGCUAGUUUUGAUGCAACAACAGCUAUCUGGGACAAAAAAAGUGGUCAGUUUGAAUGCAAUGCUACACUGGAAGGUCAUGAAAAUGAAGUGAAGAGUGUAGCUUGGUCUCCCUCUGGUCAGCUGUUGGCUACAUGCGGCCGGGACAAAUCUGUCUGGGUGUGGGAGGUGGCUGGGGACGAUGAAUAUGAAUGUGAAUCAGUUCUCAACGCUCACAACCAAGAUGUCAAGAAAGUAGCUUGGCAUCCUUCGCAAGACGUCCUGGCCUCUGCAUCAUAUGAUAACACAGUAAAGUUGUACAAAGAAGAUCCAGCUGACAAUGACUGGAGUUGUAUUGCAACAUUACAGUCACAUGAGUCCACUGUAUGGAGCUUAGCUUUUGACAAAACAGGAGAGAGACUUGCCACUUGCAGUGAUGACAGAACAGUCAAGAUAUGGAAGGAAUACAAACCUGACAACCAAGAGGGUGUCAUUGUAACUGACAGAGAGUCUGUAUGGAAAUGUGUUUGUACAUUAUCAGGCUUCCACACUAGAUGUAUCUAUGACAUUGACUGGUGCCACCACACUGGCCUUCUUGCUACAGCUUCUGGUGAUGAUAUCAUAAGAAUAUUCAAGGAAUCUGAAGACUCUGAUCCUAAUUCCCCAACAUUUGAUCUUAUUUGCACCAAAUUGAAUGCACACUCUCAAGAUGUGAACAGUGUUACUUGGAAUCCAACUGGCAAUAAGGAACUACUCUCCUGUAGUGAUGACGGAGAAAUUAAAAUAUGGAGUUUUUCUUCUGAAUAGAUGAUAAGACAAUAUUUAAAUAAGAAUAAUUGUUAAAUCAAUGAUCAAGUUACUGAAAAAAUGUUUAUAGUUGUGUAGGCUUUACAAAUAUGUUUAAUGGUGUUUCAUAAUAAAUGACUGUUAUUUUC